GAUAAUAAAUGACAGUUAAAACACAAGAAAUUCACGAAAGCAAUUGAUGGUUUCUGGGCCAUGGUGGUUCAAAGGGUCACCAAAAGAAGCUUCCUUUGUUCAUUCCCAACGGACUUAAAACUUUUCUCCAAUCCAUACUCAAAGCUCCUCUUUCCAGCUUCAUGGACUUUCACACUUUACCUCUCUAAGAAGCUGAGUUGAGUUUUUGUGGGGUACUGUUUAUCUUUGUGAUAAUGCUGAAUUCUGAUCAGGAGAAGCAAGAUCAGAGCAGGACGAACUCUAACAUGGAGGAUUCCACUGCAAUGACUAUUGAGUUUCUUCGGGCACGAUUACUGUCUGAAAGAUCCAUCUCCAAAAGUGCUAGGCAGCGAGCUGAUGAACUGGCAAGACGGGUAGCAGAACUGGAGGAACAGCUAAGGUUUGUGUCUCAUCAAAGAAAGAAGGCUGAGAAAGCAACUGCUGAUGUUCUCGCUAUUUUGGAGAAUAAUGGGAUAAGUGACAUUUCUGAGUCAUUUGAUUCAAGUUCUGACCAGGAAGCCCCUUGUGAUUCAAAAGUCAGUAAUAGUUCUAAUAGAGAAGAGGAUAACUCAGGCAGUCCAAAACUAAGAAGAAAUGAGUGGGAGGAACAUUCAGGUUUGGACAUUGAUUUUUCUCCAGUGCUUUGCAGACGCUUGUCUUGGAAAGGCCGCAAGGAUACUUCGCAUUCUCCUGAAAAGUACAAGGAUUCUUAUAUGAGAAGACGUAGCAGUUUUAGAUCUGUUGGAUCUUCUGCAAAACAUCGUGUAGGAAAAUCAUGUCGCCAAAUAAGAAGUCUGGAAUCAAAAUCUGAGGAUGAGGAGCAUAAAACAGAACCUACAAAGGUUGAUUCUCAAGAAAAUGGGGUUGCUACCUCUUUAGAAGAGGUUUCUCCGAAUCACUCCAAUGGUAGACCUGAGAUCUUGAGAGAAGGCUCUGAAGCUCCAGAAGAGAAAUUUUUACCUGAGGGUUCACAAGGUAGCUUAGAAAAUGGAAAAAAUGUGAGCAGUGGUAAUGUUGACUUCAAUGAGCAUGGAGGAGAAACAACUAUGGAGAAGGCAUUAGAAAAUCAAGCGCAACUGAUUGGAAAAUAUGAAAAAAUGGAAAAGGCUCAAAGAGAAUGGGAAGAGAGUUUUAGAGAAAAUAACAACAGUACACCGGAUUCUUGUGAUCCUGGGAAUCAAUCAGAUGUAACUGAGGAAAGAGAGGAGAUCAAACCACAAGUUGAAUGCCCUACUGCCACAAUCAAUACUGUCCAAGAGGCUAAGUCAGAAGAUGUUUGUUUCUCUGAUAAAUUGUCCAAUACUCAGUCUAACGGCUUUCACUCACCUUCACAUGGUGAUGUGCAAUAUUUAGGUGAUCAGAAAUUAAGCGGCAUUCAUGCACCUGAAUCACUGGCUCAAGACUUUGCAUUUCCUACGGCCAAUGAAAAGCAAAACCAGGAGAGCCUGAAAACCGACCAUUAUCUACCUUCACAGAGGGCCCAUUGCCAUCCACAUGGAAACCACUCAGCAGUGGUUUUUUCAUCAAAUUCAGGCAGUGAGUUCUGUAGAGGAGAAGUUUCUGGGAGCCAAAAUGAACUCUAUGCACUAGUGCCACAUGAAAAACCUAACGGGUUCAAUGAAGUGCUGGAGGCACUCAGGCGGGCAAAGUUAUCGCUGCAACAGGAAGUCAGCAGAGUGCCGGUAACAGAAAGGAAAUCUCUUGAAAAAGCUAUUAAACCUUUUAUUAGAAUGCCAGUAACAGAAAGUAAAUCUCUUGAAAAAGCUAUUACCCCUUCUAUUCCUGCUACGGAAGUUUGGGACAAGGGAGAGAUUCCUGUUGGAUUAGCUGGACUUUUCAGAUUACCAUCCGAUUAUGCAGUUGAGGAGAGCAGAGCCAACUUACUGGUUUCUGGUUCUCAACCAAGUUUGGCAAACUAUUAUCCUAGUACAGGUCUUGGAGUAACUGUUGGUGACCGAAUUCUUACAAAUUCGUACAUGGAUGGUAGGUCCACUUCUUCUGCUGGUAAUUUUCUGGUAGCUGGGGAUCAAUUUGUCACUAGGCCUUCCAUGGAUAGGAGGUCAACGUAUUCAACAGAAGAUCGAGUUUUCACCAGCCAAUACUCAGAUAUAUCAUCAAGAAUGUCCAUUCAGAAGCCAACUUUUGAUGGUAACUCGGAUGCUGGUCUACCCUCUUCCAGACAAUUUACUUACUCCACCAUUUCCUCUUCUCCUGACCUGAUGCCACGAAUACCAGCUGACCAAAGAUUCUCAACAUACCCUCUGAAUAGACCAGUUGGGAUGCCUCCCUCGAACCUGGAUGCAGGUCUAUCCUCCUCCAACCGAUUUACUUACCCCACGUUGCCCUCCUAUCCUGAUCAAAUGCCGAGAAUGCCAACUAAUGAAGGAUUUCCUACAUUUCACCCUGGUAGGUCAGUUGGGAUGCCCCCUGCUGAUCACUCAUUUUACAGUGAUCGUACCGGACCAAAUAUGUAUAGAUAAUACUGCAGCUUAACCUAGGUGUUAGAAAUACUGGUUUAGAGUGUACCAUCUGUUUUCAAAAUCUUGGCCUUUGAUAGGUCACUCUCUGUAUCAUCCCUUUUCAUUAUUUCCCUGUAUUUUGUGUUUGUAAAAUAUUGAUUCAACUGAUGUUUGUCUCUCCUAUUUGUUGUUGUAUCCAAUAAAUUAUUAUCAAUCACAA